AUGGACACGAAACCUCCGCCCAAGCCCCGGCGCACCCUCACCGAGGAACAGCUCGGCAAGAAGCGCCGCAUCGACAAGCUCAAGCACCGAGAGAACCGCGCAGAGAACAAGACGCGCCUCGAAAACAUUGAGCGCGAUGUCUCUUUUCUCCGCGACACCAUCGGCGACUUGAUGAUGCAGCUGCGCCAGCUCAACCACGGCGCCGGCGCACUGGAGCAAUCACCAACCACGUCCCACGACGGAUCACACCAUCAACACAAUCACCAUCAUCAUCACCAGCUGCACCAGCAUGCUCUCUCCGACCAGCUCGUGUGCAUGCCCAAGACAGAGCCCUGGGCCUCGUCCUCGGACGACGCCACCACCCCGCUGACCACGACGGCCCCCAGCAUGCCGCAGGUCGGCGCCGCCUUUUACGACCCGGCCGCCGACCCCAUCACGCAACGGCUCUACGCGCAGCACAUCUUCCCACAGCAACCGCUCGAGGCGCAGAUGGACAUGGAGGCGCUGCUCGCCGAGAUCCGCGGCCACGAGCAGCCCGUCGUCGAGUGCCGCUGCGGCAAGCCGCACAGCGCCGACGUCCAGUGCACCGAGCGCAUCGCCGUCAUCAUGGCCGUCGAGUUUAGCAACGUCUCCAACCAGACGAGCCUGCGCGCUGCCACGGCCCCGCGCAACCCGAGCUUGACGGAUAUGCUGCUGCACCACACCGACAUGUCCAACCCGCUCUCCGCCAUCCUGUCGACGAUUCUGCGGCAAUACGACGUUGCGCAUGUCGACUCGAUGUGCGGCAUAUUUCUCCUAUCCUAUCGACUAUUGCGUUGGCGCUACUAUCCGUCAGCACAGUCCCUGGCCGAUGUCCCGACCAUUAUGCGCCCGACGCAGGCCCAGAUCACGAUACCGCACCCCAAGUGCAUCGACUUCCUACCCUUCCCCGCCCUCCGCAACCACCUCUGCCUCAACCAGCACACCGACGUCCGACACUCGGUGGACCUGUACCUGCGGUCGUUUCGGCUGAACCUGCCGCCCGGCAAGAGCCUCAUGAGCAAGACGGAGCGCGGCUCCUUUGAGCUGCACCCCGAGUUUGAGAUGCUGGCGUCGGACCUGCGCAACUGGGACCUUGGCCCGCCGUGGUCAGACUACUUUCCACACUUGCGCCAGUUUCUGUACUGA